UAAUGCCCAGAAACAAUUGGAAGAGAUUCGAUCACGUACAACAGUAGCAGCUGAAAGUUUUUAAAUCUGUGAUUUACAAUACAUUGGAGAAAGAAAGAAGUCUACUGAGUCAAGUUUCAUAUCUUAUUUUUAACAUUUGAACAAAAAUGGUUUACUUACUCGUUUUUUCCAUCUGUUUUGCUGUAAUCCUCGCAUUAGUAGCUUUAUAUCGCUACGGAAAGAUACAAACUCAACAUUUAAUUGUUUCAUUUUCUGUUAUGAUUGCGUGGUCUUUUUCUUUUAUGAUAGUCUUCACCAUUCCUUUAGAUGUGACUUCUACAGUUUAUCGUCAAUGCAAACAAGAACACAAUAUUUCAAUUCAAGUAGACAAAAUAUUUAACAGUUCAUCUAAUAUUAAAAAUGAAACAGGAGACGAAUCGUCUUUUCCAUGCCAAAAACCUUGGGGUAUGGUUUCUGAUGAAGUUUUUCCAAAGUUAUGGCGAAUAAUCUACUGGUCUACACAAUUUUUGACAUGGCUUAUCAUGCCAAUGAUGCAAUCGUACUUAAAAGCUGGUGAUUUUAAUGUAAAGAGAAAACUGAAGGCAGCUCUCAUUGACAACGUUAUCUACUAUGGAUCAUAUUUGUUCAUUUGUGGCAUAUUACUGCUUGACUUAGCAUUAAAUCCAAAAGUUUACUUGGAUUGGCCUAAACUUAAAGCAAUCGCCUCCUCGGCAUCUAAUACUUGGGGUUUGUUUCUUCUCAUCUUGCUGUUGGGAUACGGUUUAGUUGAAACUCCUCGUAGUUUUUGGAACAAUGCCAAGCCCGGAUAUUCUCUAAAUUAUGCCUAUUUCAAAUUAUCGAAAUUGUAUACAGAAAAAGUUGAAGCCGAAGAGAAUGUAGACGAUGUCCUUGAAUCGCUGCAAGCAGCAAAUCAUGCUAUUCCUAAUCAUCAUGAUCAACGCCCAAAUAUUGAAACUAUACUUAAAAAAGUUCCUACAGAGUUGCUUGAUAAAGCGGAAAGAAAUGUACGGCGUGAUGAUUCUCCGUCAACUGUUCCCUCUGAAAAAGCAUUAACACGGAUUCAUAAAUUAGUCAUCAAAUCCCUUCAAACCCUCCAAAGAGCUGAAGCACUCUGGAAUAUCCAAGUAAACAAAGUUCUGCACUUAGAAGAUAUCGCAAGGAAUAUGAAUUCAGUGGACAGGCACUUUAAAUCGGAAUUCACCAAAAACCGAUCAAAAUUUGUUCAAAUGAUCUAUACACCGAAACUUGAAUGGUAUUGGGAAUGUUUUGUAAAGCCUCCUUGCCUAAAAGUUUUAUGUUUCAUAACAGCAUUUUUAUCAUUCUUGGUGGUAUGGAGCGAAAUUACUUUUUUCAGUCGAGAACCAGUACUCUCGUUCUUUGCACUGUUACUAGAGGAGGCAAAAGGAUCGUAUAACUUUGUACAAAUAGAGCUACUUUCGAUGAUAACCUUAUGCUAUCUCUGCUACUGUGCUUAUUCAACAGUUUUUCGUAUCAAAUUUUUGAAUCUUUAUUACUUGGCUCCGCACCAUCAAACCAAUGAGCACAGUUUGCUGUUUAGUGGAAUGCUUUUGUCACGUCUGACGCCUCCUUUGUGUUUAAAUUUUUUAUGUCUUGUUCAUAUGGAUAGUCAUAUAUUGCGGGUUAGAAUACAAGAGACGGCAUAUACGCAAGUUAUGGGCCAUAUGGAUGUACUAGGAAUAAUUUCAGAUGGUUUCAAUAUUUAUUUUCCACUGUUUUUGCUUGCUUUCUGUUUAGCUACAUAUUUUAGAAGCUUAGGGGGAAACGUUCUGAAUGCAUUAGGUUUCCAGCAAUUUAUAGAGAAUGAAACGAUCGUUGCAGAGUUUAUACAGGAAGGCAAAGAUUUAAUGACACGCGAGAAGCGGAAAAGACAAAGAGCUGAAGAAGCUAGCAAUCGUCGCAGAGAUAACCGCGAUAGGAGUAUGCGAGAUUUAUCUAGUUCCAUCUAUGGUCGUUCGUCUGUUUUCCGUGAACCGGGAGAUGGCCUAUUACGAGACAACAAUGUCAUAGAUUACAGCACAACCAGUGACAUAGAAAUGCGACAUAGUUUAUCUGAUGAGAUACAUGAACGAUUUGGUAUAAGCACUCAAAUCUGUAGUCAACCAACCAUUGAGUUUCGUGGCUAUGAGACUGCUACCGAUGAAGAUGAAGAAAAACGUAACAUAGGCCCUCCAAGAGGGUUGUUUGAUGAUGUUUAAUUUUUUAA